AAUGAGCCAGUAAACUCCGAAAUUGAAAUUCGAAAAGCUGGACCUUCUGGAAAUAAAGAAAAAGUUGCUUGUCUUGUGCUUCAGUUGGAGAGGCAGCAGCAAAAAGGCCCCCCCAAAAGGCCGGGAAGCCUGCAGAAAAGGGGCCCCCCUGGAGGGCCCAAGGCAGAGGCUAAGGGGGCCCCCCAGGGGGGCCCCCCGGGGGCCCCCCAGGGCGAGGAGAGUCUUAAAGGAGCAGCAGCAGCAGCUAAAGGAGCAGCAAAAGAAAAGGAGGCAGCAGCUGCAGCAGCAAAAGGGCAGGCAAGCAGCAGUGGGGGCGCGAAGCAGCAGGCCGCGAAAGGCCAAGAAGCAGCAGCAGCAGCAGCAGCAGCAGCAGCAGCAAAGGAUGCGGAAGGGACUCAAAAGGCGCCUGCUGCAGCACCAACGAGGGGAGUCAAGAAGGCAGCAGCAGCAGCGGAAGCAGCAGCAGCAGAGGCAGCAGCAGCAGAAGCAGCAGCAGCGCCGAAGUCCUUGAAAGCCGCGAAGCCCGCAGCAGCAGCAAAGAGCCCCGCUGCAGCAGAGGGAAAAGCAGCAGCAGCAGCAGCAGCAGCAGCAGCAGGCAAAGGGGCCCCGAAAAAAGGCGACGCCGCCGCUGCGCGCGCGCCGGCGUCCCCAGCAGCAGCAGCAGCAGCAGCAGCAGCAGCAGCAGCAGCAGCAGCAGCAGAAUCGGAAAGCGAAAGCGAAAAGACAACAGCAGCAGAACACAAACGCAGGGGAAAAGCUCUUCAAGAUUUCCUGAAGCAAAAAGGCAUGGGGCUGCGGCUGAAGGGCCGCAGCAGCAAAAAGG